AUGUCCGAGAGGCGGAUACGCCAAAGUCCUGUAUCAAGUUUGGCGACCACGGGUCUGCCACCAAUUGGACCUCUCGAUGAUCGGCUGGCAAAUUAUACCACCGGCUCACUGCAGGCGACAGAGAGCAUAUUCAUAAAGCAGGAACUACUUGAUGCGGAGGAUGCGGCUUUCCCGACAAGUAUUGAUAAACGACCUACAGAAGCAAUACCCUCAGCAAAAACUGCGGAUCAGCACGGUGCAGCGACUAUUCCUCUCAAGCAGGAUUUGCCUCCAAUGCAAUUUACGGAGGAUGUGCUCUGCGAAGAGCAAGCCUCCUUUGCAGACAACCCUCAUGAAUGGAACCUGCGGUAUCAGCAGCUCGAGAAGGCGCUGGAAGAAGAGCGUCGACAACGACAGGUUGCAGACGUACUGCUUCAGAUGGAGCGUCUCCGGUCACAGCAGGCAGAGAUUGCGCUCGCCAACGAACGUCGGCAAUGCGAACAAUUGAAUACCGCACUUGAAAAUGAACGCAGCCGAUGCGCGCAGGCACAAGGAGUUGUGGCGGACAUACGGAGGGAGUGUAGAUCUCCCUUCAUUGUUCCUGCGCUGGUGGAUGUAGUCAGCGCACUCGCUCGGAUGACGGGGGAGGCUUUGAAAGACGUGGAUAAGAGUACUAGAGAGGUUGGAUAG